AAGUAACGUCACCCGGGAGCGCGCAGAAGCCGGGCUGCGGCGCCGCUGGGAAGCGUUUCGUCAACAUGGCUCACCUGCCGAUGAAGCUCCUGCGCAGGAAGAUCGAGAAGCGGAACCUCAAGUUGCGGCAGAGGAACCUAAAGCUGCAGGGGGCCUGGGAUGUGAGCCUGUCAGAAACUCAAGAUGAAGAUGUGCCUCAAGAAACCGUAGCAAGUGGAAAAAUUAAAAAAUCCCUGAAACAGUCCAUGAAUGUGGGCUUGUCCGAAGCCCCAAAUGGAGAUACAUGUAAAGAAACAGUGGGAGGUGGAAAAGUUAAAAAAUCCCUAAAGCCGUCUGUGAAUAAGGGCCUGACAGAAGCCCAAAAUGGAGAUGUAUCUAAAGAAACAGUGGAAAAUGUAAAAGUUAAAAAGUCCUCCAAGAAAUCUACCGUAUUAACCAACGGGGAAGCAGCAGUGCACUCUCCCAGUUCAGAAUCUAAGAAGAAGAAGAAAAAGAAAAAGAGAAAAAUGGUGGAUAAUGCUGGGCCUGAUACCAAAAAAGCAAAAACUGAAGACAAAGUGGAGCCAGAGGAAGGUGGCCAGGCCCCUGAAGAAACCGAAACCAGUGUGGGAAAGCCAGGCGAUGGGGAAGAGGAGAGCGAGGUGCCCAGCCUGCCCCUGGGACUGACAGGUAACCCGGCACGUUCCCCGGAUCUUUAAAAUGCGCGCCUCUCC